AUGCCGCGGGACAAGAAGAUGUCCAAAUCCCAGCGCCGCAAGCUGGCCAAGGUGGAGGAGGACAAGCGCAAGCGCGAGGAGCGCGCGGCCGUCGUCGCGAGGCUCGAGGCCGCCAAGCUCGUCAGCGACGAAUCGCUCACGCUGCUCGCGGGAUCGGCGAGGCUCGGGCACAAGCUCACCGCCAAGGAGAAGCUUCGGCGCGAGCUCAAGGCUGAGCGCGCGGGGAUCACGCUGCCGGGCACCGAAGACUCGAGGCUCCACAAACGCGAGAAGCAAACCGCGGACGACGACGACGACGACGACGACGCCGACGAGGUUGGGACGAGCGACGAGGACGAACCGAUCGACCCGGAGCCCCCAGCCAAGGUGAAGGCGUCGUGGCCCAAGCUCAUGACGCACGACGGGUCCACCAAGACCGCGCCGGCGGCUCGGGUGGCGGCGGCGACCAAGUUUCCCAACGUUUUCGUCGGCGCCACGCACCCGGUGGAGGUGAGACGCAAACAGUCCAUACAGGCCGCCCGGGAGGGUUUGCCCAUACUAGGUUCGGAGCACGACAUCGUGGACCACAUAAACCACAACCCGGUGGUUGUCAUCUGCGGCGAGACGGGGUGCGGCAAGACAACGCAGGUGCCGCAAUUUUUGUACGAGUCUGGGUACGGGGAUCCGACGUGCGCGGCGCAUCCCGGCGCCGUCGCCGUGACGCAACCGCGGCGCGUGGCGGUGACGUCCACGGCGACGAGGGUGGCGCAGGAGCUCAACGUUCCCCUCGGCGGCGACGUGGGGUACCAGGUGCGAUACGACAAGAAGGUGGGAGAAGAACCCAGGAUCAAGUUCAUGACGGACGGCAUCCUGCUCCGCGAGAUUCAGAGCGACUUGCUCCUGCGCAAGUACAGCGUCGUCAUCGUCGACGAGGCGCACGAACGCAGCGUCAACACGGACAUACUGCUCGGACUCCUGUCCAGGGUCGUCCCGCUGAGGGCGGAACUCGCGGGGGAGGGUACCGGGAUAACGCCGCUUCGUCUGGUGGUGAUGUCGGCGACGCUGCGGGUGGAGGAAUUCGUCGGGAACAAGCGGCUUUGUCCCACGCCGCCGGCGCUGCUGAAGGUGGCGGCGCGUCAGUUCCCCGUCACGAUCCACUUCGCGAGAAGGACCGAGCACCUGGACUACCUGGGCGCCGCGAAGAAGAAGGUGCUCGCGAUACACCGCAAGCUCCCGCCCGGCGGCAUACUGGUCUUCCUCACCGGCCAGAGGGAGGUUGACGGCUUGGUGCGCAAAUUAAGAGAAGGCGAAUUCGGCCCCAGGGAUCCGACGAAAGCCGACGACAAAAAGGCCGACGACGAGGAAACCGAGGAGCGCGAGCUCGACCCGCACGAUGUCGACGCGCUGGACGCCGGCGGCGAGGACCUGGGCGACGAAGAGGACGUCGUGGUGCACGGCGGCGAAGGGGUGACUCCCGAGGAGGCGGCGAAGGCGGAGGACGAGUGGAUCCGCGCGCACGCCCCCACCGUCGAGGCGGGCGGCGGCGGAAACGACGACGACGGCGGCGGCGGACGAAAAGACGAGGAAAGAGACGACGGCCCGGGUCCGAUGCACGUCCUCCCGCUGUACGCGAUGCUCCCCCCGCACCAGCAGGCUCGCGUGUUCGACCCGCCCCCUCCCGGCCACAGGCUCGUGGUCAUCGCGACGAACGUCGCGGAGACGUCGCUGACGAUCCCCGGCGUGCGUUACGUCGUCGACGCCGGGCGAGAGAAGCGAAGGGUCUUUGGGGAUGACGCCACGGGCGGCGGCGGGGGUGGCGCCGCGUCAGCCGGCCUCUCCCGGUUCACCGUGGGAUGGGUCAGCAAGGCGUCCGCCGAGCAGCGAGCCGGUCGCGCGGGGCGCACGGGACCGGGGCACUGCUACAGGCUGUUCAGCAGCGCGCAUUUCGUCAACGAUUUGGAGCCUCACGCUCCUCCGGCGAUUCUCGGCGUGCCCGUCGACGGCGUGUUUUUGCAGAUGCGAGCGAUGGGCAUCGACAGGAUCGACCGGUUCCCGUUCAUAACCCCGCCGAACGCCGCGUCCUUGGCCACCGCGCAGAGGACGCUCGCCAUCCUGGGCGCGCUCAGGGCGACGAGUGUGGACUCGGGAGCAAGGAGGUUGACGCACGGUCACGGGGGUUCGUUUGGGGACGAUCGCGACCCGGGGGAGUUGACCGACGUCGGCAGGGCGAUGGCGGCGCUUCCCAUCUCACCGAGGCACGCGCGCAUGCUGCUCGCGGCGGCGCGUUCGACCGCGCCGGGGUGCCUCGCCGCGGCGGUGGCGUCGGCGGCGGCGCUGAGCUUACAGUCGCCUUUCCUGGGCGAAGAGAGCGAGAGGUCGUUGCCGGCGGAUAUGUCGGAGGAGGAGCGGAAGAGAAGGCGAAAACUGGCGCACAAGUUUCACCAUCACAACUCCGACGCCCUGUCCGCCGCGAAGGCGCUCGUGGCGUACGAUAAAGUCCGCGACCACAGGAAGCAGGAGACGUUCUGCAACGAGCACAGGCUGCACAGCAGGACCAUGCGCGAGAUGUCCGACUUGAGGCGGCAGCUGCUGAGGAUAUUGACGACGCCCCCGCCGUCCGAUCCCGCGUCCGUCGCGCUCGAACCCGGUUCGCCCGGCGAAUCCGCGCUUCGAAGGGCUCUCCUCCGCGGCUGGGCCGAUCGGGUCGCGAGGCGCGCCAAAGCCGACGAGGCCGCGCGGCUCAACGCCGCCGCGGACAAGGACGAGGACGGCGGCGACGGCGGCGGCGGUCGGACGAAGGCCACGCGCUACCGUCCCGCCAUGCUCGACCUCGCCGUCUUCCUUCACCCGACGUCGACGCUGCACCGAACGUCUCCGGAUUACGUCGUGUACGUGGAUCUGCUGCAGACGGCGAAGCGUCCGUACCUCGCGGGAGCCACCGCGGUGGAGGCGUCGUGGCUCGUCGACGAUGCCCCCGCGCUGGCGUACCUGUCGAGCGCGCUCGAGGAUCCCGCGCCGAGGUACGUCGCCGCGAAGGAUUCGGUGGUUGCGUUUCACCAGCCGCACUUUGGGAAGCACCGGUGGGAGCUCCCGCUGUGGCCGAACGCGCUGGGCGCGGAUAACCCGAGCGCGUGCGGGGCGUUCGCGGCGGCGCUGCUGUCGGGCGCGGUGUCAACGCCGAUGGGAGACCUUCGCGACAGGCUCGCGGCCAAGCCCAGCGUCUGCGCGAGACCCGAGGGGCGGUCGCAGCGAAGGGUUGUCGAGCUCGUGGCUUCGCUGCAGAGGCGCGGGGUGGCGACCAGAGCCGCGCUCGCGGAGCAGUGGCGACGCGAUCCGAGGUUUUUGCUGCCGGAGAUGAUGGGGUGGAUGAAGAGCGGGCAGGGGUACGCGCUGGAGAAGCUCUGGCCGAGGAUCGUAGAGUCCGCGGCGCGGGAUGCGGCGGCGAAGACCGCCGAGGCGGCGGCGCCGCCCGCGGAGCAUCGCAGCGUCGAGCAUCGGAAAAAGAGGGAGGCGGAGAGGAGCGCGGGUGGCGCGGGCGCCGGUCGGCCGGAGAGUGCUAAGCGUUCGGCGAAGAAACAGAAGAAGGUCAAGGGAAACUCAAAGGCGCUCGGAUCGGGGCUGAGCAUCUGGGAUUGA